AUGCAACCAAAUCACUGUCUGCUGGGUCAGGUGCGUGAGCCUAGAGCCGCAAGUCGGAUGACGUGCGAUGGCCAUCAGCCGCUUCGAGAUAACGGUCAGCCCCAGCCAUCUGGUGCGGCACCCAUGAGAUCAGAGGACUCUUGGAUCGACGUAUCCUCGCAACCGUCCUCUUCCUCCGUCUCCUCUGCUGCCACAAAUGAAGAUAUAAUCACCACCGGCUUACGAGUCGAGCAUGGAGAAGCAGGGGCAUAUCAGCGUCGCAAUCGGCGACGCCGUAUACAACACCUUGCUGCUAUCACCACAGCCCAGGCGGACUAUGCAUCGCGGGAUGCCAGCCAAGCCAGUAGCAGCCAAGAGGAAUAUGAUGAGAGCGAAAGCGAGUCCGAUCAGGUUCUCAGCAGCUCAAACGAAGAUAUAAACCGACCAGCGCUCCCAACCGGAUUAUCUGCACGCUCUGCACCUCUCUCAUCAAGUUCAAUCGCUACCUCCAGUGAUGAUGAAGAUGAUACUUCUACUGCCCUAGGGAUGGGUAUAAGCCCAUCACCUUUCGUACCGCAACCAAACAUAUUCACCCACCCACCAGCCACGUCAGAACCUGGAUGGGCUCCACGACGUACUCAACCUAGUGUCCCGUCUACCUCUACUCACCGUGCUCAUCGAAGAGAUUCUUAUCCUAGUCUACGAUCAUCGCGCAGAACUCAACACCAACACAGCCCUUACAAUAUGUUCUCCCCUUCCCAUCAUGCCGACCACGACGCCGCACUUCGUGCCAGCCUAUCAACACUUCUUUCUUGUGCCGCUGCCGCUAGAGGCCUUCCGAAAAAUGACAAUAGACAGCCAUCUACAUCAGCUGCACCCACAGUAGGUGCACAGCCUGCUUUAUUCAGACUAGUAGGCCCAUCCGUUGCUAUGGGAGAGGAGAGUAGCGACGAAGAGGCCCCGUCCUCGCCACGGUAUCCCGAAACAAGUCCCUCUACAGGAGGACCAGAGAGGCAUUUAAGAGUGCCAGAGGUGUCAUCUGACCCAGUCGUCGCCAAAGCAAAGCGCCGUUCAAGUUCCCCUAAAGACCGCAGUGUUACCUCGAAGAAGAAUCGUCGCAUGACCAUGUCAGAUUCAACAACGACUGUCAGCCCUACGAUCAUGACCUGGGUCAUCAGCGCCGGAGUUGUUGUUCUAUUCUCGGCAAUCAGUUUUUCCGCAGGGUAUAUGAUCGGCCGCGAGGUCGGGCGAGUUGAAGUUGGAAUGAUGGGAGAUGGUGUUCCUGGCCCUCGCCCCUCAACGGGGUGUGGUCAAGAAGCUGUCCGUGGUGGACUCCGAAAACUGCGCUGGGGAUCUGCGGCUGCAGGAUCUGCUAGUCUCGCAUCAAUGUAA